GUCCUGAUCGCCGCAACAUUGUCUGGCCCAAGAGGAGGAUGUAUUGCUAACUUCUCAAACAUCCUCCUCGGACAGAACCUAGACCUUCCAGACCAACUUCGAGUCCAAGAUCUCAACUGUCAUGAAGUCAAAAAUGCAAAAUGACAGGGUUCCCAUUGAUACAUCUCCAGGGAAAGUGGGAAACCAUCCUUCUCCUCACCACAAUAACCUCCUUUGCGCAAGAGAAGCACCCUGCUGGUCGUCUGACUCGCACCAUCAGAACAGGGAUGGUUGUCAGUUGGAAAGCUCCUCGUAUGCGGUUGCUGCAGGGCAAAAACCUGGACAAACAUAGGUGCCUGUAGUCUAGGCCAUGGAAGAAGCAAAGUACAGCUGAUCAGUACACUAUCUGAAUGAACCAUUGCCAAUGUACUACAAAUGAAGGGUUACUUAUCACUAUAAGUGCUCUACUAUGGAGAGUCUUAGGAGAAACUACUACUAUUACUACUACUACCUAUGACUUCGUACAGGAAAGUCGGGAGUCUGGAGAAAAUCUGAUCAUGCAUAGGUAGCCUGGUAUACCUUGCUAACUAUGUGUGUUCGACGU